AUGAAGUUCACCCUAGGCCUGGGGUCGCGGGCGUGGAGAGUGUCCUGGGAGCGGGCGGCGGCGGCGGCGGGCGGCGGCGCGCUCGGCAGCGGCUCACGGCGCUCUUCCAGCCCGCGGCCCGGCCGCCGCGGCUCUCGGCUCGCGCGCGCCCUCCCUCUAUGCCUCUCCCGCGGCGGCGGCGCCCCAGCUCUCCCGGACCGCGCCGGGCCCAGCCCCGGCCGCCUCGGCGCCAGGCAGCCGGCCGGCCCGCGCGCCAUGGAGCAGACGUACGGCGAGGUGAACCAGCUGGGCGGCGUGUUCGUCAACGGCCGCCCCCUGCCCAACGCCAUCCGCCUGCGCAUCGUGGAGCUGGCGCAGCUGGGCAUCCGACCCUGUGACAUCAGCCGGCAGCUUCGCGUAUCCCACGGCUGCGUGAGCAAGAUCCUGGCGCGCUACAACGAGACGGGCUCCAUCCUGCCCGGGGCCAUUGGGGGCAGCAAACCCCGCGUCACUACCCCCAACGUGGUCAAGCACAUCCGGGACUACAAGCAGGGCGACCCCGGCAUCUUUGCCUGGGAGAUCCGCGACCGGCUGCUAGCCGACGGCGUCUGCGACAAGUACAACGUGCCCUCUGUGAGUUCCAUCAGCCGCAUCCUGCGGAAUAAGAUUGGCAGCCUGGCGCAGCCCGGCCCGUACGAGGCGAGCAAGCAGCCGCCGCCGCAGCCGGCGCUGCCCUAUAACCACAUCUACCAGUAUCCCUACCCCAGCCCCGUGUCGCCCACGGGUGCCAAGAUGGGCAGCCACCACGGGGUCCCGGGCACAGCGGGCCACGUCAGCAUCCCCCGUUCAUGGCCCUCGGCUCACUCGGUCAGCAAUAUCCUGGGCAUCCGGACGUUUAUGGAGCAAACAGGGGCCCUGGGGGGGAGCGAAGGCGCCGCCUACUCCCCGAAGAUGGAAGACUGGGCCGGCGUGAACCGCACGGCCUUCCCCGCCAGCCCAGCCGUGAACGGGCUCGAGAAACCUGCCUUGGAGGCAGACAUUAAAUACACGCAGUCGGCCUCCGGCCUCCCCGCGGUGGGCGGCUUCCUCCCGGCCUGCGCCUACCCGGCCUCCAACCAGCACGGUGUGUACAGCUCGCCGGCCGGCGGCUACCUCGCCCCGGGCCCGCCGUGGCCGCCGGCGCAGGGGCCCCCGCUGGCGCCCCCCGGGGCCGGCGUCACCGUACACGGCGGGGAGCUUGCCGCAGCCGUGACCUUCAAGCAUCCCAGCCGAGAAGUGGCCGACCGGAAGCCGCCCAGCCCCGGCGGCAAGACCCCCGACGGCCUCGGGAGCUUACACGGACUGCCCGUCCCGGCCUCGACCUCCUAG